UACUGGUGGUGGUUCGUCAUCGCUUUCGUUGUCAUCGCCAGUGCAUGCUGCCUCCGCAUCAACAUCCGGUGUCAUGAUGUAUGCUACAGUGACGUCAGUGUCAGCACCUGGCGUGACGUCAGACAGACCGGUGAUAGUCACGCCAGUCACGUCUACUCCCAUGACAGCGACAACGACGUACCUAGCCGUGACCGUGACCCCAGGGCUGUCAUCCACUACUUCGACUGACGUUUUGACUGACGCACGUGUCGCUUUACCAUCAUCCUCGCUUUCACCGUACUCAUCCACGACGUUGACUCGUGCCACUACGGCGAUGACGAUAGGCUUAUCGACGAUGCUAACAUCUUCGACACCGACUAUCACCAGGAGUGACGUAGGUGCGACCGUUGUGACAACCUCGUCGGGUUUAUUGACGACAUCUCCAUCAGUAUCCAAGGCAACAGCUGAGAUUACUCAUGUCACUUCCACAUUUUCUACCCCCACGCUGUUACUGACAUCGAGACUGUCGUCAUCAACUGUCAUCGAGUCAGCUUCGUCGUCGGUGUCUCAUCUGUUGUUUUCUGUCUCAAAGUCUCAGACUUUUAGCGACGUCAGUACAACUGUGACGUCAGCAACACUCCCACAGCACUCGCUAGCCUCGUUCGCCUCGUUCACUGACUUGAUGACGAGUACACUUGCCGCUGACCGUUCGAUGACCCAACCGUUGUCAGUAACAGAGGUCAUCACCUUUGCAUCAUCGAUGUCAGCAUUACAUUCGUCACUAACAUCGUCCAUGUCGUCACCAGUAGGUUCAGGUAGUGUCAGGUCUCUUUCUGCAACUUUACCUCUCCUGUCUUCAUCCUCUCCAGUCUUGUCGCUGGCUUUAUCGCCAUCAGCAACAUCAUCUGCGUUCUCGUCAGGGUCAUCGUCAUUGCCGGUCUUGUUACCAACCUUCACAUCGGCUUCACUGCUGCCUCUGUCGUCUUUGACGACAUCUGUUUUGUUAUCGCCAGUGUCCACGACAUCAUUCUCGUUAUCCAUCCCGAACACUCUUCUGUCGUCAUCACCCAGUCCAGCCUCUUCAUCUCCGUUUUUGUCUUCAGUCCUUCAUCCCUCAUCCGAGGUACGGCUGCCAUAUUCAUCCGGGUUACCUUCCUCGACCUUCUCUUCCUCAUCUGUGACAUUCUCAUCAACAUCCAGUCGCAGUCAAGAGAUUAGUGCCUUCACAAGCAUGAAAGCCGACACACCUGUCUCAACUGUGUCAGCGUCAACGUUGGGCAGUACUUCCGGUAUGACGUCAUAUCUAUCCGCGCCGCCUGUCACAAUAAGCACGAUCGCAGAUAUGUCGAGUCCGGUGUCACUGCUACAUGAUGUUUCAUCAUCGAUGUCACAUCUCUCAUCCCCAUCUCAAGCGACAACAACUUUUGUGGCAACAACAGCCGUCAGCUCUUCCAGUCUCAUUUCCGGUUUCAUGUCCGUGGGGUCAGGUAGCUCCAGCAAGGCAAUAGUCUUUCCAGCUAGUCUUCUAGCAUCGUCCACAACAUCAUUAUCAGGUAUUAUGAUUACAUCGUCACUGGGCCUAUUGUCGACUCAACCAUCGAUGACCAGAGAAUUGUUUUCAUCGAAGGACAUGGUCAGUUUGACAUCAGGACCAAGCCCGCAGCCAUCUCUAGCAACUCCCACAUCAACGCUUCCUGUCUUACUCAGUACCACCUUGCCACUCGUCAUGUCCGAUUCUGUCUUACAUACAAGCACGUCUGAUCACCUUGCUUUACCUAGCACAACAGUCAACAACUUUGCUCUUUCUGGCUCCAUGUCUGUUUAUUCUUCCUUACCUGUAUCCAUGUCUGUUUAUUCUUCCUUACAUGCCUCCAUGUCUGUUUAUUCUUCCUUACCUAGCCUGAUAUCUGAUCAUUCUGUCUUACCUAGCUCCAUGUCUGUUUAUUCUUCCUUACCUGCCUCCAUGUCUGUUUAUUCUUCCUUACCUGCAUCCAUGUCUGUUCACUCUUCCUUACCUAGCUCCAUGUCUGACCACAUUACCCUCUCUAGUUCCAUGUCUGAUCAUUCUGUCUUACCUAGCUUCAUGUCUGUUUAUUCUUCCUUACCUGCCUCCAUGUCUGUUUAUUCUUCCUUACCUGUAUCCAUGUCUGAUCACUCUUCCUUACCUAGCUUCUUGUCUGAUCACAUUACCCUCUCUAGUUCCAUGUCUGAUCAUUCUGUCUUACCUAGCUCCAUAUCAGUUUAUUCUUCCUUACCUGCCUCCAUGUCUGCUUAUUCUUCCUUACCUAGCUCCAUGUCUACUUAUUCUUCCUUACCUGGCCAGAUAUCUGAUCAUUCUGUCUUACCUAGCUCCAUGUCUGCUUAUUCUUCCUUACCUAGCUCCAUAUCAGUUUAUUCUUCCUUACCUGUAUCCAUGUCUGUUCACUCUUCCUUACCUAGCUUCUUGUCUGAUCACAUUACCCUCUCUAAUUCCAUGUCUGAUCAUUCCGUCUUACCCAUUACCCUGUCUGAUCACUCCCUCACCAUCUCGCUAAUGACACAAUCUGCGCUCCGCUCAUUGUCGAGUGAGUUAAAACAGUCGUUGACUUCUUCGUCGCCAUUUUUGUCAGAAGUACCCUCUCUUUCGUCCUCACCUGGAGUCACAACAGGAAUGUUUUCCUUGUCUUCUGUGUCUGCUACGAUUACGUCAUUAGAACCUUCUUCGUCUGUCUUCCACUUGAGUCUGUCCUCGUCUGUAUCACACACUGUUGGAGAAGUACAAUCUUCGUCAUAUUCUUUAUCUUCUUUGAGUUCUUUACCGACAUUGUCGUCAGUUGUGACAUCGAGCAUCUCCUCAUUUUAUUCUGGUGUUCUAUUUAGUUCGUCAUCUGCAGCAUCAUCAUUUAACGACAUCAGGUCCAGUCAGCAAACUCCUCUGGUGCCCAUCUCCAUGAUAAGCUCGACAGCCGGGUCUGGAUCACCAAUGUCAUCUAUGUUGACAAUGUCAUCGCUGUCAUCUUUGUCAGUAGUAUCAUCACUAUUACCAACGUCGUCAGGGUCAUCUACCUCGACAACAUUACCAUCAAUGUCGACAAUAAUGUCAUUUGUGGUAUCGAUGUCACCAGAAUCACCAACAUCAACACCAUAUUUGCCCAUAGUGUCAUCGCCUUUAUCGUCCUCAUUGCGGUCGUCUGUAUCGUUAACUCUUGCGUCAUCACCGAUAUUGUUUUCAACACCAUAUAUGACACAACCAGUGUCAGCAGACCUUUUGUCAGUGUCAUUACUUUCAUCGUCGAUGACACCUGUGUCGUCUUUGUUAUCGACAGUUCCACCGCACACUUACUCGUCUGCUUGGUUGUCUACGCAGGACCAGUCAGUCCAGGUGUCAGCUGUGUCCUCGUCAUCAGGUGGGCCGAGCAGCACUCCUCCCACUAUGGUUUCUUCCUCCAUCUUUCACUCUGUGCCACCAGCUCUGUCAUCUACCCUCGACACCUAUAGAUCAUCCUCAGACCUGCAUUCAUCGUUAGUGUUUUCUUCUCUUAGCUCGUCAUCGUCAGCAGCAUUUCCAACGAAAUCAUUUCUCUCGACUGAUAUUUCAGUAGCACUGUCUUCAACAUCUCUCCCUGAGAUGACACCAUCUUCCGGUACGAUGUCAUACGUCACAGCGCAGGUGACACCCUUGUCACUAUCAUCUGCCACGACGAUGACAGGUGUGUCAGUUACUUCAACGCCAUCUUUACCCUCACUGACAUCUGCUGGUCAGAUGAGUGUGUCGGCGUCAGUACCAGCAUCACCGGCUGACAUGACAUCUGCUCUGCGUUUCUCUUCUACCCCGGGUGCCACACCCGCUUUGGUGAUGUCAGAGCCAGCUACUGGGACAUCACCCACAACGAAUGUCUUCACAAUUUUUUCUAGCAGUCCACAAUUUUCAUCCUCUCUGGCACCAGCUUUCACCGAAGUAAAAUCGAGCCACGAGUCUUCGUUCGUCUUUCAAAGUUCGACAACUCUUCUUCCCUUGGCAGCGUUCUCUUCGGCAGUUGUCUCCCUUUCGUCAUUGCCUGCAGUGUCUUUGUCAUCGUUAGCACAAUCUGUUUCUUUCUCGGCAUUGCAGGCUUCUCUAUCACUACCUGCUUCAUCAAUAAUGUCAUCAUCACAUUCAUCAUCAUCAUCAGCAGAUUUUUUCUCAUCGUCAGUAUCGUCAUCAUUUACAUCAGCAUCAUCGAAAACAUCGUCUUCUUCGCCGUCUCUGUUGUUCACAUCUUCUGUAGUUCCACCACAGAGUCAUUCUUCGUAUCUAUCGUCUACACAGAAUAUGUUUGUUCAGACUUCAUCGUCGUUUCUUGAUGUCACCCAGACUUCAAUCAGAACGAUAAUGACUCCGCUGUUGUCUGAUGCCGCUACGCACUCGACAUCUGACACCUUAUCGACGAUGGCAUCAGCUGCACAGUUAUCAUCACAAAUGUCAUCACAUUUGACUUUUACGACCUUCUCGCUUCUCACCAGGUCAGACGAGACCUUUGCUGUCAGUAGCUUGUCAGUGCAGAACUUACCUUCAUCAAGUAUGUUGACACAGGUAGCUUCACCUUUGACUCACGAGAUCACAACACAGUCACUCCCUUUCUCUUCCGCGUCAUCAGUGAUGAUAUCGCCAUUAUCAUCAUCUGCAUCUUCUAUCUAUUCAGGAAUGUCCACGUACGUGUCAGCCUCAAUGGUCAUGUCCUCAUCAAAUAUUUCUCCCUCAUUUUCGGGUGCCACACCCGUCAUAGCGACUUCAGCUUUGAUGUCGCACGUGCCAGUAGAGUCGACAUCAUUGCUGGGGUCAUUUUCUGGUCUGUCAUCUGUGUCAGUCACUAAGGUUGUGACACAUGGGAGUGAGACAUUGACAGCAGCCACUCCAUCAGUCCUGUCACCUGUGUCAGUCACUGAGGUUAUGACACAUGUGAGUGACACCUUGACAGCAGCCACUCCAUCACUUUUGUCACGAGGAAGCCAAACAUUAACAUCAGCCAUUUCAUCAGUGCUUUCGUUUUCGCCAACUACUGAUGACAUGACACAAGCAAGCGGGAUGUUAAGAGCCACUUCAUCAGCUGUGUCGACAUUGUCAACCCCCUCAUUACCUUCCUCGAUAACUGACAACACAAAUGGCGCAAAUGUAACACCUGUCAGUAUGACAAUCCCAUCAUCGUCAGUGAGUGACGUCAAGAGUGUCACUGCAACGAUGCUGUCGCAUGAAUCACUGUUGUCAUCAAUGUCAGUGAGCGAGGAAAUAGCCAGCCCUAGAAUGACAGUGUCAUUGUCUGGAUACAUGAGUGACACUAGUGUCACCUCCACAGCAUACUCAGCAUCACUCAGCUUGUCAGUAACAAUGCCAGUGUCAGUGCCACUUAGUGUCAACAGCAAUGAAAAUCAUUUGACUGUCGGUACUGUCAUGCCAUUAAUGUCGUCUCUGUCGUCCUCUGGCAUUAUGACAGAGAGAAGUAUAGCGGUAACAACGACAAGAUUGUCAGUGACACAGAUGGGGUCGGACACUGUCAUGACACCCUCAGCAGACCUUGCUUUCUUGUCGUCAUCGCUAAUGACUGACAGUUCGAGUACAAUGACCUCUUUGCUAUCAGUGACUGACAUAAUGACCAGCUCUACUGUGACAUCAUCGCUUUCAGUAACUGUGUCAUCAUCACCCUCCUCUAUUUUAAAGCCAUCAUUAUUUUCUUCAUCGUCUGCAGAAUUUGUUGCCUUGUCACAACUGCCAUCAUCUGUGUCGAUGUCUUUGUCAUCAGAAAUACCGUCUGUUUCUUUGCCCAUAUCUAUUGCAUUUGCCAUGUCAUCUGCAGCUGCACCACAGACCUACUCGUCUGCUGUGUCAUCACUGACAUCACUGUCACCACCGUCGCCUACAAUGGAUUUUUCUCGUCAGACGGCAUCGCUGUCCUCUUCAGACACUAAGAUUUUCACCUCGUCUCUGUCUCACAUGGAAUCCAGUGAACUCGUGGCAGAAUCCACAACCGCCGCUUUCUUGUCGUCGAUACCAGCGAGCGCCAUUCUAACCAGCUUCGCUCAGACCAACAUUCUCACCAGCUCCCCUCAGACCAUUUUGACCAGCUCCCCUCAGACCUACAUUGUGGCAAGCUCCCCUCAGACCUCAAUUCUAAGCAGCUCCCCCCAGACCAUUUUGACCAGCUCCUCUCAGACCAACAUUCUCACCAGCUCCCCUCAGACCAACAUUCUGACAAGCUCCCUUCAGACUAACAUUUUGACCAGCUCCCCUCAGACCAUUAUUCUGACAAGCUCCCCUCAGACCUCAAUUCUAAGCAGCUCCCCCCAGACCAUUUUGACCAGCUCCUCUCAGACCAACAUUCUCACCAGCUCACCUCAGACCAACAUUCUAACAAGCUCUCCUCAGACCAACGUUCUGACCAGCCCUCCUCAGACCAACAUUGUCACAAGCUCCCUCACCAGCUCCCCUCAGACCAACAUUCUCACCAGCUCCCCUCAGACCAACAUUCUCACCAGCUCCCCUCAGACCUCAGUUCUAAGCAGCUUCCCUCAGACCAACAUUCUAACCAGCUCACCUCAGACCAACAUUCUCACAAGCUCCCCUCAGACCUCCAUUCUCACCAGCUAUCCUCAGACCAGCAUUAUCACUAGCUCCCCUAAGACCUUCAUUCUAAGCAGCUCCCCUCAGACGAACAUUCUCACCAGCUCACCUCAGACCAUUUUGACUAGCUCACCUCAGACCACAGUUCUAAGCAACUUCCCUCAGACCAACAUUCUCACUAGCUCCCCUCAGACCAACAUUCUCACCAGCUCCCCUCAGACCAACAUUCUCACUAGCUCCCCUCAGACCUCAGUUCUAAGCAACUUCCCUCAGACCAACAUUCUAACCAGCUCACCUCAGACCAACAUUCUCACCAGCUCACCUCAGACCAUUUUGACUAGCUCACCUCAGACCACAGUUCUAAGCAACUUCCCUCAGACCAACAUUCUCACUAGCUCCCCUCAGACCAACAUUCUCACCAGCUCCCCUCAGACCAACAUUCUCACUAGCUCCCCUCAGACCAACAUUCUCACCAGCUCCCCUCAGACCAACAUUCUCACCAGCUCCCCUCAGACCAACAUUCUCACUAGCUCCCCUCAGACCUCAGUUCUAAGCAACUUCCCUCAGACCAACAUUCUAACCAGCUCCCCUCAGACCAACAUUCUCACCAGCUCCCCUCAGACGAACAUUCUCACCAGCUCACCUCAGACCAACAUUCUCACUAGCUCCCCUCAGACCUCAGUUCUAAGCAACUUCCCUCAGACCAACAUUCUAACCAUCUCCACUCAGACCAACAUUCUCACUAGCUCCCCUCAGACCUCAGUUCUAAGCAACUUCCCUCAGACCAACAUUCUCACAAGCUCCCCUCAGACCUCCAUUCUCACCAUCUCCCCUCAGACCAACAUUCUCACCAGCUCACCUCAGACCAUUUUGACCAGCUCCCCUCAGACCAACAUUCUCACCAGCUCCCCUCAGACCAACAUUCUCACUAGUUCCCCUCAGACAACAUUCUCACCAGCUCACCUCAGACCAUUUUGACCAGCUCCCCUCAGACCAACAUUCUCACCAGC